CUGGAGGAGGUGCAUCUUGGAAGUGGUUACUUCCUUUGUGGUUCCUUUUUUUGUUAACUCUCUGGUUUAUAUCUGUUAAUAGUUUUUCCUACACUGUUCUCAUCUUCUCCUGCACUGAAUGACUGCUUAUCUAAAGUCAUAUGAUAUAAAUUCGAGUAAUGAGUUCCAUCCCAAAGAACAAAUGUAUUGAUGUCCUUCAAUGUAUAUACAGUUUUCUAGUUACGUUCUGUGAUCAUAUGUGUGCUUUGCUUUUAUAACAAGCAAAAUAGUCUUUUCAUAUCAAUUUGGCUAAUACUGGUUUGAAACCGAGGGUGACACAUGCAGUCUAAGUGCAAAUCCCAGUUUGUUCUGUAGGAUUUCAUUUUAUCAUUUGGGCGGGCACUCUGGUGCAUGCUUGUGUACCCCGCCCUUCCAUCUCUUUCCCCUUCCCUCCCCUCCCCUCUCCCCCUCUGGGUGUGUGCCUGUCUGUCUCUGUCUUGGACAGGCUAGCCUCAAAUUCAUGAUUGUUCUUCACAAGGCUCAGAGCACAGGCUCGUAUGUCCCAUCACACUUGGCUAGCUAGGUAGGCUUGGCGUUCUAAGAGAACCUGGCAAUUCCCUCCACUGUUCUCUGUUAACUGCUGCUGAAAUCUUCGUUUGCACAUUGUUGAGCUUUCAUUUUGCUGUCACAAAAUUAAGGUUUUUAGUACAUUGAAGCUUAUCUAUCUUUAGGCAUUAAAAUAUUUUCCUAGUGAAUUCAAGAACUAAGAAUGUGAUACUUGGUUAUCUUAGGGUGUUUAAUAUUUUUCUUAACUGUACAUUCUGUUUGAAGGCAAAAUAAAUGUUACUUUCACUAUAAGAACUGAUUUUCUUUCCUUAUUUCUUUCUUCUUUUCUUUCCUCCUUUCUUUUUUCUAGGCAGCAUCUCAUGUGGCCCAGACUGGCUUUGAGCUUGCUGUUAGUCCAAGAUGACCUUAGACUCCUGAGCCUUUUUCCUGAAGGCUCAGAUGACAGACUUAUGGCGCUCAUGCCUGGCGGAGAGACCUGGCUUGUAGAGGGUCUACUUGAGUGCGAGCUAGGUCUAGACCUCAGUUCUCCAUAACACCCUGCCUGGGUACUGCAGGUUAGCGUCAGUUGUUUCCAGGGCAUCUGUUAUGCACCUUAAGCCAUACUGGAAACUCCAAAAGAGAGAGCACCCUCUCGAAGUCAGCAAGGACACCCUGCGAACGCCUGUGAGCCACCCAAACUCUGUCAGUGAUGAAAAGGGCAAAGCUAACUACAUGAAACCAACUGUCUUUCCUUCAGCCUCCCUUGGCAAAGCAACAUCUAGAAAACCUUUUGGGAUCCUUUCUCCAAAUGUUCUGUGCAGUAUGAGUGGGAAGAGUCCUGUGGAGAACAGCUUGAAUGUGAAAGCCAAAAAGAAUGUGCCGUCUGCAACAGUCCACCAGAGUGAAGAAGAAGGGCUGCCCGGGAGCUGGGCUAUCGUCAAGCCUGGGAACACGAAGGAGAAGAUUGCAUUCUUUGCAGCCCACCAGUGCAGCAGUAGGAUGAUAGGGCCUAUGAAGAUCAAGAGCUCCUGGGAUAUCGAUGGGAGAGCCACUAAAAGAAGGAAAAAGUCAGGGGAUCUUAAGAGAGCCAAGGUGCACCUAGAAAGAAUGAGAGAAAUCAACGGCCAGUGCUACCAGCCGGAGCCCUUCGCAUGUGGCAUCGAGCACUGUUCUGUGCAUUAUGUCAGUGACAGUGGGGAUGGUGUCUAUACGGGGCGGCCUCUGUCGGUGAUACAGAUGGUUGCCUUCCUUGAGCAGAGGGCCACUGCUCUGCUAGCUAGCUGUGCAAAAACCUGCACAAAUUCGCCUGCUAUUGUGAAGAUCACUGGCCAGUCCCGAGGUGUGCCACCUGCACCUGAGCCCUGCUCUGCUCCAGGAACCUGUGAAGAACCUACGGGAAGAGGGAAUCCCGAGGCUGGCAGGCCACAGAGCGAGCCAGUCCGUGUCCUUGACAUGGUGGCCAGGCUGGAGUCCGAGUGUCUAAAGCACCAGGGCCAGCGGGAACCUGGGACCCUGUCGCGGAAUAACAGCUUCCGUCGGCACGUCGGCAGGGUGCUGCUCACCAGUGGUGCUCAGGCCAGUGACGCAAAGGAAAAAGGCACCGAGGACGACGCUGACGCCCCCGACAUCGAGGGACACCCCAUGCAGUCACUGUCUGUGGGAGAAGGACCCUCCACAGCUGACUGUUGUUCUGGGAGUGACCAGGCCUGGGAUGGUACGUCUCCGGGCUGUCCCUCACUGCCAGCAGGUGUGAGCUUUCAUGUGGACAGUGCAGAAUUAGAGCCAGGUCAGCACACAGCUGUGAAAAACUGCAGCAGGCACGACAUAGAAAUGACAGGUGAAUUUGAAGAAUUGCCCUUUUCUUCUCACACCUGUCUCCAAGCCCCCGAACUGCCCACAACUGCUGUCAGCUGUAUGAGUAGAGCCCUUGUUCCACUCGGGAGCCACAGCCCUGACCAGAGAAAGGAACCUGUGUGCAUCAGCAUCACUGUGUGCACAGUAGAGAAAGCCCAGCCUUCUGCUUUAGACCCCCUUGAAGAGCCUCUUCCAGGGAUGCUGUUUUUCCUGUCACCGGGACAGGACCAGCAAGAGUGCUCCCAGUUGGACGAACACACAUCACAGGAGGCUUCGGAAGCCAGUAAGCCUCAAGAUGCUGGUGAGGGCCACCAGGUCUGCGAGGAGAAAGAGGUUUCUGUGGAGCCGUCCGUCCCGGCAGCCUCUCUGGUGGACAGUACGCUACCAGUGCUUGAGGCAUCCAGUUGGAAGAAGCAGGUGUCUCAGGACUUCCUGGAGACCAGGUUUAAAAUCCAGCAACUUCUGGAGCCUCAGCAGUACAUGGUAUGCCUGCCUCACCACAUCAUGGUUAAAAUCUUCAGGUUACUCCCCACCAGGAGUUUAGCAGUUCUUAAAUGUACCUGCCGCUAUUUCAAGUUCAUCAUCGAAUACUACAACAUCAGGCCAGCAGAUUCUCGGUGGGUUCGAGACCCACGCUAUCGAGAAGACCCCUGCAAGCAGUGCAAGAAAAAGUAUGUGAAAGGGGAUGUGUCCCUGUGCCGGUGGCACCCCAAACCUUACUGCCAGGCCUUGCCUUACGGGCCUGGGUACUGGAUGUGCUGCCACCGGUCUCAGAAGGCCUUUCCCGGCUGUAAGCUGGGCCUCCAUGACAAUCACUGGUUACCUGCCUGCCACAGCUUCAAUCGGGCACUCCAUAAGAAGUCCAGAGGGGGCGAGCCGGAAGAGGAGUACUGACGUCCAGGCGAGAGGCCCGUGAAACACCGAGUCAACCCUGAGACGCCGACUCCUCCCCCGUCAGGAGUCUGCGCAGAUGAGACUGCCGUCGCUGGGCAGUUUUUCAACUCUGAAUUUACCAACUGUACAUGAGAUGCGUUCCAUGGUUCGUGUCGUGGUGCCUCACAUCUAACCCUUUCAGCCGGGAAGAACUCUGCCUGUUUGCCUCCAUCAAGGACAUUCAGAGGUCACCAGGUAGUCUCCACAAGGGGAUCUGAAGUGUUCCUGUACUGGCUCUGUACUUGAGUGGAAAAGAAAGCAAAACCUCUGAGAAUUAUGCCUAAAAUAGAAAAUUGGGCACCUUACCUUACACCUUGUAUGCUUGAUCCUGUGAGAAUGUUUGCAGAUGGAUUUUAUGCCCUGUGGUGUUUACAGUGUAUAUAAUGGUUGUGUUUUCAUGGGGCUGUGAAAGUGCACAUUAAACCUGAGCGCCUUUACCUGGAGAUGAGUGCAUUGGCCCCUCUGUAAAUAAUGUGAUGAAAAUCCAAUAUUGUAUAUUAUGGCAGUUGACUAAACAUAAUCAAAACAGAAUAAGACAAUAUCAUAUAAUAGUCAGAUUAAAACAUUGUCCAUCCUUUUGUCUGGUUAAAAAAAUUUUUUUUAAAAAAAAAUACUUCAAUAAAGAAUGCGCAUUUUAAA